AUGUAUAAUUUUUCUGAUUUCAUCUCUUGUAAUGGGUUAUUGGAUAUCCCUUUGGAGGGUGGUAAUUUCUCUUGGUCAAACUCUCUGUCUGGUUCUAGGAUAGACCGCUUCCUCUUUUCUUUAGAAUGGGAGGAGCAUUAUCUAAAUAUCCAUCAAAAAAGGUUGGGUAGAGUUCUAUCAGACCACUUUCCCAUUUCUUUGGAGGGUGGGGAUAUUCGUAAGGGUCAUAGGCCUUUUCGUUUUGAAAACAAGUGGCUUCAAGGGGAUGACUUUGUGGAGAAUGUAAAAAAUUGGUGGGACUCGUAUCAUUUUCUUGGAACUCCUAGUUACAAGUUUGCCAUGAAAUUGAAAGCUUUAAAGGGGGACUUAAAAAGUGGAAUGAAACUGAAGGAGAGGGUAUCUCUUUCUGAUGAUGAGAAGCGCGAUAAAGAGAGAAUUCGCUUGGAGAUUAAGAGGAUGGCAUUGUUGGAGGAGAUUAGUUGGAGACAAAAAUCGAGGGUGCUAUGGUUAAAGGAGGGGGAAAGCAAUAUGAAAUUCUUUCACCAGAUAGCUAAUUCUAAUAGGGGUAACAGUAUUGGCAGUUUAAUCUUUUGUGGAGUGUUGACAUCAGAUCAGGAAGUUAUUGAAGAGGGUAUUGUUCGGUUCUAUAAAAGUUUUUACUCGGAAAAUAAGCACAUUCGUCCUCAUUCGGAUGUGUUGAAUUUUUCGAAGAUUUCUGAGGAUAAGGCUAGCUGGUUGGAAAGACCUUUUGAGGAAGCUGAGAUUUUUAGAGUGGUCAUGGAUUUUGAUGGUGAUAAAGCUCUUGGACCUGAUGGAUUCCCUACGGCGUUUUUUUAG